GUCAAUUGCGCUUUCUUGCAAUUGAACAUCGUUCAGUUCGCUUUUUGCAUCUUAACGUUUGCGUUGAGUUUUGCGCACGCUUGUUGCAUUGUCUUUGUAAUUUGUGUUGAACGUUUUGAUAUAUUUUGUUUCGUUAAUGUUUAAUUUAUGAGUAACGAAUACGCGGUGAAGAAGACCACAAGCCGCUGCAUUAAGAGCACAAAUCAAAUGGCCGCAGCCUUGAGCCAAAAGAAUAAUGUGCGAACACAGUGCCAUGUGCAGCAGUCCUGGUGGCUUUUGUGCCUGUGCGGUGGAGUGCUGCUGCUCAUUUGCGGUGCGACUGCUGCCACCGCGACGGGAUCAGCGCACGCACGCUGCGAUGGAGAUCAGUUCCAGUGCAAAAACGGAGUCUGCAUCUUACAGGCGAAGAUGUGCGACGGACGUAGCGAUUGCACAGACAACACGGAUGAAUUGGAAUGCGACUACAAGCUGUGCCGGCAGCCGCAUUGGUUCCCGUGUGCCCAGCCACACGGUGCCUGCCUGGCAGCGGAACUAAUAUGCAAUGGUGUCGACAAUUGUCCCGGCGGCGAAGACGAGCUCCAUUGCCCGCAUCGAAUGCUGACUAGCUUCGGACACCGCAACUGCAGCCAGUAUGAGUACAUGUGUCAAGAUCACAGCUGCUUACCGCUUGACUUUAUGUGUGACGGCAAAGAGGAUUGCCCCGACGGCUCCGAUGAGACCGCCGGCUGCAAGCAGUCGGCGACCAGUUGCACCACCGGCCACCUCUGUGCCAACGGCCGUUGCCUGCAGCGGAAGCAGUGGCUCUGCGACGGCGUCGACGACUGCGGCGAUGGCAGUGAUGAGAAGGACUGUGAGGAUCUGUGUCAACCGUCUAUGGGCAAGUUUAUGUGCCGCAAUCAUGGCAGCUGCCUGUCGCUCGCUCAGGUGUGCGACGGUCAGCCCAACUGCUCGGAUGGCAGCGAUGAGAGCGAGAGCUGCCAUGUGAAACCCAACUGCACCAGCAAGCAGUGCCCGCCCGGCGCCACUUGUCACAUGAUGCCCACCAGUGGACCGGAGUGCUAUUGCCCCAAGGGCUUUCGGCUGCUCAAGUUUAAGGAUAAGUGCGAGGACAUUAACGAGUGCCAGGAGCAACAGGAUCUGUGCAGUCAGCGCUGUGAGAACACAUCCGGUGGCUAUCGCUGCACCUGUGAUGCAGGCUACGAGCUGGAUGCCACCAACAAUCGCACCUGCCACGCCACAAGCAUUGGCGGAGAGAAGCAAUCCCCACUACUCCUGUACACCACCCAAAUGACUGUGAUGGGCAUGCACUUAGCGCCGCAGUCGAAGGAGCGACAUCACGUCAUCACUGUGGCCACCAAUUUGACCAAGGUGAUUGGCGUGGCCUUCGACGGCGAGCACAUCUACUGGACCAACAUACAAAACGAGGCGGAGAGCAUUGUGCGCGCGCAUGCCGACGGCUCCAUGGCCGAGAUAUUGCUCACAUCUGGCCUAGACGCUCCCGAGGACUUGGCCGUCGAUUGGCUGACGCACAACAUAUAUUUCUCGGACAAUGUCAUGCGACACAUUGCGGUCUGCUCGAACGAUGGUCUUAACUGUGUGGUGCUGGUCACCGAGGAUGUGCACCAGCCACGCAGCCUGGCACUGUGGCCGCAGCGUGGCCAAAUGUUCUGGACCGACUGGGGCAAUAGGCCGAUGAUAGCCCGUGCCUCCAUGGAUGGCGCCCACUCCAAGCCGAUUGUAUCGGAUAAUAUACACUGGCCGAACGGCAUUGCCUUGGACAUGCACCAGGAGCGCAUCUAUUGGGUGGACGCCAAGCUGGGCAGCAUACAGAGUGUGCACCCGGAUGGCAGCUCGCGUCAAACCGUCCUCGAUGGGAUGCUAAAGCAUCCCUAUGGCCUUGCCAUCUUUGAGGAUCACCUGUACUGGUCGGACUGGGGCACCCGGAGUAUUCACACCUGCCACAAAUUCUCCGGCAAAGAUCAUCGGGUAUUGGCACGUGAUCGCACCAUCUAUGCCGUGCACAUCUAUCAUCCGGCCAAGCAGCCGCAGGUGGCGCAUGCCUGUGAAAUGGCGCGCUGCUCACAUCUCUGCCUGCUCGCUGAGCCGAGUGCGGGCGGCCACACGUGCGCCUGCCCGGAGGGCAUGACACUGUCCACCGAUGGACGCCGCUGCAGCCAAACGGAGAAGAAGCAACGUCUGUUCAUUGGACUGCGCCAGGCGCUGCUGGAGAUCGAGCACACCUCGUUCGGGCGACAUGUGGUCACCGCCUCGCACAACCUGCCCUGCUACAUCAGCGAGAUGGCCUUCAAUAGCAUCAAUGGCACCCUCUUCAUAGCGGACAACAUCCAGCGCGCGAUCUUCGAGUAUGUGCCCCACAUGAAUGAGCAGCGUUUGGUCACCUUGGUCUAUCGCAAUCUGGGAAAUAUCAGCGGCUUGGCAUUUGAUCACUUGGCCCACAAUCUCUACUGGUCGGACAUGGAUCGUCACGUGAUUGAGCUGCUAUCCCUGCGCACCGGGCAGCGUGCCUUGGUGCGUUUCUUUGCCGGCGACGAGAGGCCCAUCGGGCUGACCGUAAUGCCAGCCGAGGGCUUUAUGUUUGUGGCGCUCAAGGCGCGCCGGCACACGCACAUCGAUCGCUUGGCACUGAGCGGAAAAGGCGCCCAGACGCAUGUCUUUGAGGACGACCUGGGCGACGAUGACAUCAAGUUUGCCGUGGACUAUGAAACGCGCACCAUGUUCUGGUCGGACAGCGACACGAGUCGCAUCAGCUACAGCAAUUAUCGCCAGACCCAUGGGCAGUCGUUGCGAGGCAAGUUCCGGCGGCCGUACGCACUGGCCCUGGUCGAUCAGGAUCUCUUUUGGAGCGAGCUCGGCACACCGGCCAUCUACUGGACGCACAAGAACAACCUGGGCCCCAACAAGCGCAUCGAGAUCGACGCGAGCCCGCAUAUGGGCCGCGAUGGUGCCGCCGCAGCGGCCACCGCCUUCCUCAGUCACAUGCUGCCCGUGCGCAUACCUCUGGCGGCGAGUCGGCGACUGGGCGACGGCCUGUCCCCGCAUCCCUGCCAGAACGCCAACGGCGGAUGCUCGCAUGUGUGCGUCAGUGCCGGACAGUUUGACAGCACGUGCCUGUGCCCCGCCGGCUUCGUUUACCGCGACGCCUCCAAUCGCAGCUGCACCGAGGCCCUGGACUGCGAGUUCCGCUGCCGCAGCUCGGGCGAGUGCCUGACCAUGGCGCACCGUUGCAACGGGCAUCAGGACUGCGCCGACGGCUCCGAUGAGUCGGACUGCGACGGCAUCAAACGCGUCAAAGUGAAGUGUGAUCUGUCGGAAUUCGCCUGCCAUGACGGCAAGCGUUGUCUGGCCAAGAACAAGCGCUGCGACGGCCACAAGGACUGCAACGAUAGCUCCGACGAGCUGCACUGCGCCCAGUUUGAUCGAACCAAGCUCUGCCACGCCCAUCAGCACGCCUGCGACAACGGCAAGUGCGUGGACUACACCCUGGUCUGCGAUGGCAACAACGACUGUGGCGACAACUCGGACGAGCUGCGCUGCAAGGAGGCCGCCAGCUGUGAGCACGGCAUGUUCCAGUGCAGCAGUGGAUCGUGCAUUGCCAGCAGCUGGGAGUGCGACGGCCGCAUCGACUGCAGCGAUGCCUCCGAUGAGCACGACAAGUGCGGACAGCGCCAGUGCCCGGAGAAGAUGCAUCGCUGCCUGCUCGGCCAGUGCCUGGAUGCGCGGCUCGUCUGCGACGGCCACAACGACUGCGGGGAUCAGUCGGACGAGCUCAAUUGUGACCGGCGCAGCAGCGACGGUGCUGCUGCUGCAGCCAACAUUAGCUGCGGCACGCUGGCCACGCCCAUGUAUCAGUGCAGCAGCAAUCUGAAGCUGUGUCUCGACAUGGCCGCGCGCUGCAACGGCACCGCCGAGUGCCCACGCGGCGAGGAUGAGGCCGACUGUGGCGAGCUGUGCAGCAUCUACGAGUUCCAGUGCCGCGACAGCAAGCACUGCAUCCGGCAGGAGUUCCGCUGCGACAAGGAGCGCGACUGUGCCGACGGCAGCGACGAGGAGCACUGCGAGCAGCACACGCUGCACGGCAACGGGACGAGCAUGAGUGCGAGUGCGAGUGCGAGGCGAGCGUGCAAGCCGCAUCUCUUCGACUGCCACGAUGGCGAGUGUGUGGACAUGUCGCGUGUCUGCAACGGCUUCGACGACUGCACGAAUGGCAACGACGAGGGUCCGCAGUGCGGCAGCGCCUGCAUGAGGCCGCUCUGCCAGCACAAGUGCCAGGCGACGCCGGCGGGCGCCGUUUGCACCUGCCUGGAGGGCUAUCGGCUGCAGAGCGAUCAGCGCAGCUGCGUGGACAUUGACGAGUGCGCCGUCUCGCCGGAGCAGCAGCCGUGCGCGCAGCUGUGCGAGAAUACGCCGGGCAGCUAUCAGUGCCAGUGCCAUGCGGAUUUCAUGCUGCGCCAAGAUCGCAGCAGCUGCAAGAGCAUACAGUCCGGGGCGACUCUCCUCUUCACCAGCUACAACGAGGUGCGCAAUCUCAGUGAGCAGCCGGUGAUGCUGUCUGUGGCCUGGUCAGCGAACGAUUCGCGCAUCAGCGGCUUCGACGUGGACAUGCGCCGCAAGCUGGGCUACUUCAGCAGCGAGGAGGAGAACAUCAUCUACCGCGUGGACAUGCGAGACCGCACGCGCCUGGCCGCCCUCUCUCUGCGCACGCCCAGCAAAAUGGCCGUGGAGUGGACGACGGGCAACGUGUACGUGAUCAGCGGCAGUGCGCCGCAGAAGAUCAGUGUGUGCAGCUUCCGGGCCAAGAUGUGUGGCCAGAUACUGCAUAUGACGGCCCGGUUCAGUCUGAAGGCGCUUGCCGUUGAUGCACACCUGGGGCGUCUCUUCUACGUGGCCAUACGCAGCGAAACCUUCGGACUGCACAUUAGCCAGAUCCACAUGGCGCGCCUGGACGGCAGCCGGCGGGAGCUGCUGCUGGGCAAGCAUCGCAGCUAUGUGACCGCCCUGGCAACAGAUCCCCACCAGCAGAUGCUCUACUUUGUGGACCUGCACAGCCGCACCCUGGAGAUGAUCAGCUAUGGGGGGCGUGGCGGUGCCAAGCAGAGGCAGAGCUAUGUGCUGCUGCAGAAGAGCAACGCUCUGAUGCAGCCGACCGGACUGAGCAUCUACGAGAACCACGCCUACAUCGUCAAUAUGGGCGCCAGGGAGGCGGUGCGCUGUCAACUGUACGGCCAGCGCAACUGCAAGGCCAUCAACCUGAACGUGAUGAAUGCCCAGGACAUCAUUGUGGCCGGAGUGUCGCGACAACCGCUAGCCUCGGCCAAUCCCUGCCAGCACGCCCACUGCGCCGGCAUGUGUGUCCUGGCCGACUACGGCUACGAGUGCAUGUGCGGCGAUGCCGUCGUCCCGGAGGCCCAGCAGUGUCCCCAUGGCAGCACGAACGAGAUCGACAUGAAUUGGCUGCUCUCCAGCGAGCAGCAGUCGGACCGCAGCGAUGACGGAGAGGGUCGAGGUGUCUGGCUGCUGGCCGCGCUACUGUUGAUGGCAGUUGCUGCCACUGGCAUUGGGUACAUGUUCUAUCAACGGCGGCAGCGCGGACAUCGCGAUCUCAAUAUUAACCUGCAUUUCCAGAAUCCUCUGGCAACGCUUGGCGACAAGCCGCUCCGGGAAGACGGCAACGAAGUGGACUUGGUAUGCGACUCCGGCAGCAGCACCAGCAGCAGAGGCAUCAGCGCACACACCCACACGACAGCGACAGGCACAGCUCCUUAUACGGCCGGGCGUGAACCCCUUCAGUUCGGUGUACCCAAAAUCCUGCAGAGAUUCCUGCAGCAAAGGCAAGCACAGAGCAGCGAAAUGGCUACGCAGGUUCCGCUCGAAAACACAAGAUCGAGCCGAAUACAUUCGCUGGUCAAUGAACGGGGAGGAGAACGCCGAGGCUCGAACGCCCUGGUACCAGGCUCUGGGGAUGAUGCCUUCCCAGCCGGGCCCUACGGGGGAGAUGACGCAAGCGAUGAUGUGCAUGCACGACUUGUACCAUAAGUGAUCCUCAUCUCGGUCCACAAUCACCCCCAAAAAGUUGUUAACUAAUAGUUUCUAAAUGUUGUCUACACUUACGCGUGUUAUAUAUUUAUAUAUGUAUUUAUAUUUGUACAAUUUAUGUUUAACAAACAGUGCCUUCACAGUUAUACGCACUUAAAAUAGUGAAAGUCGAAUCUACAAUUAAACUGCAUUUAAUCACA